UUCAUUCACCCCAGAGCUGCAGGCUCAAAGCUUCUUGCGGAGAUUUCCCUCAUUCACUUUCUCUCUUCGUCCCCCGCCAUUCUGCCGAAAAUGGACCAGAACUAGAGAAUGCCCAGCCGGAUUUCUUUGUUGCUGCAGACGAACGCAAGACCCUUUGUAUGGAAAAACACUUUGUGUUGUUCCUGCAGACGCUGUGGUCUCUGCAUGGUAACUUUGAUUGGAGAAAGUGACGACUAAGGCCGUUCUUACCUCUUUGACGGCGUCGGUUUUUCUCACUUCCUACGCUCUCCUCCCACCUUGUUGAAUCGAUUUCUUCCACCAUCACUAAACCGAUCGAAUCAUCUCCUCUUUCUUGCACACUGGUACAUCCCCAAAUCCCGUCAGCCAUGGGGAAGAAUCGCAAACAGCAGAGAAACUCGAGCGAGAUGUCGCGGCGUGGAAAUCCGGCAGAAGGAAGAAUGGGCUCCAGGCGUUCUAGCUUUUAUCUCAUGCUCGCCAGAGAACAGGAUCGCUAUUCCAGAGACGGAGUCUCGUCUGGACAUCCACCCCACGGCUGGACCGGACCACCAUCGCCCUACACCCAUCCGCGCAACUCGAUGCAGUACGCCCCGGGUAUACACUACCCACCUGCCAUGCAGCAUCCUCAGACCCCCUCUCCCGGACACGGCCCAGGCUUGCCGUUGUAUCCUCCAUCCGAGAUGAACAUGAGAAUGAUGCCCGCGAAUGUUCCCAGUUCAUACUUUCUGCGGCGCAACGACACUAGAGGUCUGCGACAUCGCUUGUUCAACGAGGACUAUCGCUACGCGGGUCCGCAGCAGGUAAGAUCCUUUCCUUCUAGCUUCAUCCUUUCGUUCACAGUUGCGGUGGUGAUGCUUGUGUUGGACUUGCUAACAAAGGCGAUCUCUUUCGCAGGUCUAUGCCCCGCCCGAUGUCAACGGUCCCUUUGCAGAGCCCCCGGCGUAUGAGUACGCUGUGCCAAAUGAUAUACCCGAGAUCAAUGGACACAGGUCGGAAAAGUUCCAGUUGCGCGGGGAUGCGCCAGCAUUUGUGCCCGGAAUUCAGGCGCCCAUGGAGAAGUCCGAUGACGAGAGUGCUGUGCACAGUCUCGAUCAGUUUUAUUCGUCAGACUCUGGCAUUAAGAUCGAAGAGAUGGACCCUAAGUCUGACGAUGGUGAAAUGAAUUCGUCGGGGGAGAGGGUUGCUUGGUUGGUUGUCAGUAGUACUCGCUGAAUGAUGGAUGCAUAACCGGGGCUUGUUUCUAUUACUUUGACUGCUUUCCACAUCACUUCGGAUAGUCUGUCAUUUAUCUGUUCACUUGCGUUACCCAGCGACAUUUGUUAACUUCAAAUGCUUACGAAUCUCAAUCGGGAGAAACGUUUAUCGUAGCUCUCGCUGUUCCUCUAUAU